AUGGCCAAGCGGUGGCAUCGUACACUAGAUACCCAUCUCGGGGCUCAUACUCCUUGUAACACAGAUUAUCUCUACGAUGAUACGUGGGACUGGGACUCCUGGAGAGUCGGUUACAAGGAUCCCAGCGUUCUUUUCACCACACUCCAUGCCGAAUACAAUACCCUAAAGUGCGCAAUCCAAGACCCAAAGAAUUGGCAUAGCGACGUCUCUGAGAUUGCGAGGACUGCCAAUAACAAGGAUGAAUUCCUAACUCUGCUCAAAAAGCGACAAGAACAGAGGUUUGACGAGAUCCAGACAGCCUGGCAAAAGACUAUAAUAUGGUUCGCCAAUAAUCCCUUAUGUGAGGAUAAUCCGCCCGACAACGCCGUUUUAUGGGAAAUUUUUCUACAAUUUUCAAAUCAUUUCUCAUACGAUUGCCUCGUCAGGUACUUUGGCUCCUAUACGACUGUAGACCAACCCUCUACUCGACCUCUGCCGCCAAACGCCGUUGAGAGCCGUCCCGCCAAACCCCCACAGGCCAAACGGAAAGGGAAAGGGAAAGGGAAAAUGGCAAAAUCAUCUGGUGUGAUCAAGUCCUCGUCAAGGGCUUCGAAAGCGAAACCUAAACGGGACGACAACGGGCAGGGUGGUGUACGGAGAAGUACCCGGUUGCAACAACGCGCUGAGCAAUCCUAG